AUGUCAAAUUUAAAUUAUACGAAUAUUAAUACAAUCAAAUGGACUGUACCAAAUUUUGUCAAUUUACUUGAAAAUAAAACGGCGAGAGAGUUUCGAACCGAGAAACCAAAAGAUCCAUGCGCAGAUUCUAUGUAUUCACGAUUUCACUUGAAAAUGCAAUUUUUAGGACGAGACAAUGAUAUAAUUGAAAUCUCACCUUUCCCUGUUUUUUUGAAAUCAAUACUAACUAUUUGCUUAAAAAAAUUUGAAGAGCGUUCAAUAGUUAUAAAGGAGUAUCGCACAGUUCAGGCUAACAAAUGGCAAUAUUUAGCUACAUUAUUCAAAAGAGAUAUUGCGAGUUUUGAUGGUCGUGACAUAUUUCUUUUAAGUGACGGUAGCCUCAGAUUGAAAUUUCAAUUUAUUGUGACAAAUGAUAUUAAAGUAGACCAUUCUAAUGUUCCUGAAGCUCAACUGAGUAAUGACUUUGAGAAUCUGUUAAAUAAUGGUUUGUUCUCUGAUAUCACAAUGAAAUCUGCAGAGGGGAAUGAAUACAAAGUCCACAAGGCAGUACUCGCUAGUAGGAGUGUGGUUUUGAAGGCUCACAUUGAACAUAACACUACAGAGUGCCACACAAAUAUUGUAGAAUCUCCACUAGAGGCUGAAGUACUUACGGAAGUUUUGACAUUUAUAUACAGUGAUAAGGCUCCAAGAGUUGAACAUAUACCUGAAAAAUUGCUGGCAGCUGCUGAUUUCUAUGAACUAAGUAGAUUAAAAAGCUUGUGUGAGGAAGCAUUACAUAAAAAAUUAACAGUAGAGAAUGCUAUUGAAACUUUACAGCUGGCAGAUUUGCACUCAGCUAAAAUUCUAAAACAAUUGACUUUGGAAUUCAUAAAGGAUGGCCAAGCUAAGCUCAUUACUAAGACAGAGGGAUGGGCCAAACUGAAAUCGGUUGAGUUAAUAAAAACUAUUUAUGAUUAUAUGAUGACGGAUGAUAUAGAAGCCGAUAUUAAAUAAUUUUGACUUAUUACAUAAUAAUUAGUAAGUAAUCGUACCUGUACAAU